CAUGUCAGGUGUGGGCAAGAAUCACCGAAGGGGGGCAGAGUCGCGCCGCUCAGGGCAGCGCGCAUGCGCGUGCGUGCGGAUGGACUGGGAGCGGAGGCUGCGGGCCCGCCUGGCCGCGCGCCGUGCGCCCAAAAAGAGUGAACAAGAGCUGAAGGAUGAAGAAAUGGAAUUGUUCACAAAAUAUUACAUGGAAUGGAAAGGAGGGAAAAAAAGUGACAAUAUGUCAUAUGCAAACAUACCUCGAUUUUACUACAGGCUGCCAGCUGAAGAUGAAGUCUUGCUUCAGAAAUUAAGAGAAGAAUCUCGAGCUGUCUUUCUGCAAAGAAAAAGUAGAGAACUGUUGGAUAAUGAAGAGCUGCAGAAUCUAUGGUUUCUACUGGACAAACAUCAGACAUCACCAAUGAUUGGGGAAGAAGCAAUGAUUAAUUAUGAGAACUUCUUGAAAGUUGGUGAAAAAGCCGGACCAAAAUGCAAGCAAUUCUUUACAGCGAAGAUCUUUGCCAAAUUACUCCAUAAUGAUCCUUAUGGGAGAAUAUCUAUCAUGCAGUUUUUCAAUUAUGUCAUGCGAAAAGUAUGGCUUCAUCAGACAAGAAUAGGUCUCAGUUUAUAUGAUGUGGCAGGACAAGGCUACCUCAGAGAAUCAGAUUUAGAAAACUAUAUUUUGGAACUCAUCCCUACUUUGCCACAACUGGAUGGCUUAGAAAAAUCCUUUUACUCCUUUUAUGUCUGCACAGCAGUUAGAAAGUUCUUCUUCUUUCUGGAUCCUCUCAGAACAGGGAAGAUAAAGAUACAGGAUAUUUUAGCUUGCAGCUUCCUGGAUGAUUUACUGGAGUUAAGGGAUGAAGAACUUUCUAAAGAAAGUCAGGAAACAAAUUGGUUUUCUGCUCCUUCUGCAUUAAGAGUUUAUGGUCAGUACUUAAACCUUGAUAAAGAUCACAAUGGCAUGCUCAGCAAAGAAGAGCUGUCCCGAUAUGGAACAGGCACUCUGACCAACAUAUUUUUGGAUCGUGUCUUUCAGGAAUGCUUAACUUAUGAUGGUGAAAUGGACUAUAAAACCUACCUGGACUUUGUGCUUGCAUUAGAAAACAGAAAGGAGCCUGCAGCUCUGCAAUAUAUUUUCAAACUGCUUGAUAUUGAGAACAAAGGACACCUGAAUGUCUUUUCCCUUAAUUAUUUCUUUAGGGCUAUUCAGGAACAAAUGAAAAUUCAUGGACAAGAACCAGUUUCUUUUCAGGAUGUCAAGGAUGAAAUCUUUGAUAUGGUGAAGCCUAAGGACCCUUACAAAAUCUCCCUUCAAGACUUGAUCAAUAGCAGUCAAGGAGACACUGUUACCAGCAUUCUGAUCGAUCUGAAUGGGUUCUGGACCUACGAGAACAGAGAGGUCCUUGUGGCAAGCGACAGUGACAGCACUGCUGAUGGUGAUGAUACGUGACUUCAAAUGGGAGCAGGCUGUAUCCACAGAGAUCUCAAUCUGAUGGCCAACUGUUGGAAACUGGAAACAUUCAUUAUCUGAGUUAACUCCUCUUCCAUUUUACUUCUCUCUCUUCCUCCUUUGCCCCCACAUCUGAUAUAAAAUGCGGUUCACACGCCAAUCACAGAAGUAAUUUUUGAAAUGCUGUUUAAGAGGCAAAAGUAACCUUUUUUAAAAAAUAAAUAUUUUUGGACUUUU